GUAGUAUGAGGCCCAUGUUUCCCAGCCCAAAUCGAAUGACGGUGCAAUGACUCCUUCACGAAAAAUUCGCAUUAUUUAUUUCCAUAAUCUCAAAUUUGCACAAGCAUCAAACCCUCGCGCCCUAAAUUCGAUAGCAUAAACCAGAGUCCUCUAUUAUGCAGGUAUUUUAUACUAUUAUCUGAUUACGGAGAAUAAGGGAGGAUAGUAUGGCUGAAGAGAGAGCAGUUCAUCCGGAUUGCAGAAAUGCGUCGAAUCUAUAUCACGAAUGUAGUGAUUAUUGCUUCAGAGUUAUUGCUGAAGCGAACCUGAACGCGAAUGCAGGCGUGGAUGCUAAUUAUCAGGAGCCAAGGCUGGUGGCUGGGCCAGAUCAGCAAGAAGAACAGGAUGCUGGAAAUGAUGCCCCCAAGGAGCAUUCUGAUGGGGAGGUUGAUGGGAAUGGUGAUGAUGCUUUAGUUGAUUUUGCAAAUCUCACAGGAAGGCAGAAGAAGCUAUUUGAACUGAGAAUGAAAAUGAAUGAGGCAAGAAAAGCCAAUCAGACUGCCAUGGUGGCAGAGAAGAAAAAAAUGGAAGCUCCAACAGAAGCUAGAGGAGUUUCCAAGCAGAAAUGGCUCGAGGAGAGGAAGAAGAAAAUUGGAAAACUUUUGGAUGCUAAUGGCUUGGAUAUGAGCAAAGCGUAUAUGCUUGAUACACAAGAGAUGGCGGAGUCGAAGUACAAAAAGUGGGAGAAAGAGCCUGCCCCUGCUGGGUGGGAUGUUUUCAAUCAAAAAACUCUAUAUGAUGCUCAUAACAAAAGGACCAAAAACAUUGUGGUAGACCUCGAAGCGUACAACCGACAAAAAGAGGAGGAUCCUGAAUUCUAUCGAGGGGCUUCCAGUCUUCAAUAUGGAAAGACGCCAAACAUCCCAGCCGAGAAGAUUGAUAAAAUGGUCAAAGAGCUUACAAGCAGGGAGGAUAAAUCAAGGUCCUUCAGUAGGAGGCGCAAGUAUCGUGAAGAAAAGGAUAUUGACUCAAUCAAUGACCGUAAUGAGCACUUCAAUAAAAAGAUCGAGCGAGCCUUUGGGAAGUACACUUUGGAGAUCAAGAACAACCUCGAGCGAGGUACAGCUUUGCCCGACUAAGGUACUGAUAUAUUACCUCCCCUUUUGUCAUGGUGUGUGCACUAUAUGUAUUUCUGCAUUUGACACUUCACCUUAUCUUAAGUAAGAGAUGUAAAAUAGGAACUAAUAUGUGUAGUAAAAACAAGUUUCAAGCUACUGUCUACGUGUACCAUUUAUGUUUUCUACUAUUGCCUGAAAUUGGCACUAAACACCUCCCACCUUGAGAGAGAGAGAAGGCAGAAUUGCGUGUCUGCUUAUGUUUCUCCUCUUUCCUGCUAUAAAUUGUAAGAUGUAGCAGACUGCAACCACAAAACAACAUCCUUUCUUACC